CUCCUCCAUGGAGAUCCCCGACUUCUACCGGGGCCGCAGCGUGCUGCUGACGGGCGGCACGGGCUUCAUCGGCAAGGCCCUGGUGGAGAAGCUGCUCCGGUGCUGCCCGGAGGUGGAGCGCCUCUACCUGCUGGUGCGCGACAAGGAUGGCGUCAGCGCCGAGAAGCGGCUCAGCCAGCUGCUGGCGCUGCCGGUGUUCGCGGGGUGCCCCAUCGCCAAGGUGACGGCGGUGGCCGGUGACGUGUCCGUCCCCGGACUCGGCCUCAGCGACGAGGACCGCGACGUCCUGGUGUCGCACGUGUCCGUCGUGCUGCACUCGGCGGCCACGAUCAUCUUCACGGAGCCGCUGCCGCUCGCCGUGCUGCUCAACGUGGAGUCGGUGCGCCACGUCGUGCAGCUCGCGCGCGCCAUGAAGCAGCUGGCGGCCUUCGUGCACGUGUCCACAGCGUACAGCAACUGCAACCUGCCCUCGGUGCGCGAGGAGGUGUACCCGCCGCCCGCCGACGUGCACGACAUGAUCCGGAGGGCCAAAGAGGACCCCGACGGCUUGGAGAGGGACGCCACGCAGCUCAUCGGGGACCGGCCCAACACCUACACCUUCACCAAGGCCCUGGCCGAGAGCCUGCUGGUGGAGGAGGCGGCGGACCUGCCGCUUGCGAUCGUCCGGCCUUCUAUCGUCGGCUGGGCGUGGCGCGACCCGAGCCCCGGGUACACGGACAGCGCCAACGGCAUGAUGGGCCCGCUGGUGCUCCUGGCCCAGGGCGUGGUGCGCAGCUCCCUCAUCAAUGUGAACUGCGUGGUCGACCUGGUGCCGGUGGACCUGGUGGUCAACACCGUCCUGGCCGUGGCGUGGCACACG